GAUUUGAUGUGCGAUGUGAACUAACAUGGCCGUCGCAAUCGGAAAUGGAAGAUAUUACAAACUUUUUCGUGGCAAUUCCGCGCCAAAACGCUUGCUCAUUGGAGAACUGAACGAGCCAGGAUUGCUGUCAAGUUCAUUUAUCCAAGGAAUUGUAGGACAAGUUUUCCCUAUAAAAAAUUCAGAGAGGUAUGGCAAGCUGUGUAAGAUUGUUUUGCGGGAAGAUUUGGAAAAGCGAACUCUAAGGUCAACUUGUGCCACAAUUAAUGCUUUCCUGUUAGGAGAUCUGGCUGAUGAAGGUGAUAGAAUUAAAGAGGGUGAUCGCGUGGUCUUGUCAGAGGUUGUUGUAGAAUGUUCUCCCACCGAUGAACACCUAUAUCAGCUCAUUGCCUGGCGAGAAAAAUCUCAGGCAUCAAUUUGGGUGAUAAAUAACAAGGGAAAUGUGAGAGUUAAUAAUGCAAGUGGUAAUGAAAAAACUCAAGUGAACAAUGCAGAAGAUGGAAAAAAUCUUACAUGUAGUGCUGACACUGAUGAAGAAGAAACUGUUGUGCAGGAAACAUCAGAGCCAGGGUUUUACAUUGUAAAGAAGACAUCCACUGGUGAAGAGGGUAGAAGGAGAAGCAAACCAAAGAUAUUUGAAAAGAGGAAAGGGAAAUUUCAUCUUGGUCCCAAGGGAGUCACACCUUCAAAAUCGCAUGUAAUGAGGAAAGUUAGUGAUGCUGUCGUUGUAAUAGACAAAUCUGAAGUGACAAAAGUGGAGUGAAGAGAUCUUCUCCUAACCCAGUCCUUGAUGUCAAGCGACUGAGAGCUUCUCCUGGACCUUCCAGCCAGUUGUCUUCCCGUGACCAACUUGGCAGUCCACGUGAGGGCGAGCGUGCCAAGGAGAAGUCCUCCAGAGAGGCCGCUGACUACACUGUUCCUCAAGGUUAUACUACCUUGGCUAAUCUAAAGCCUGAAACUGUUGUGAACAUCUAUGGAGUGGUGAAAUCUUUCAAACCGGCCUGGAAGUGCCGAGGCACUGACAUGUGCUCUGUUCUUAUGAUAACGGAUCCUACGGUAGUUGAUUCCACCUUUGGCCUCGAAUGUGUCUUCUUCCAGCAGACCAUCAGUCGCCUGCCUGCCGUUCACAAGGUGGGAGAUAUCGUGCGAUUGCACCGCAUCAAGAUCUCGCAGUACCAGGAAAAGCUUCAAGCGAUGUCAUCCCGUGGAUUUGCGGCGAUUGUCUUUGACCGGGAUAGCGAGGUACCAGUGACAGCAGAAAUGGCAAGGGUCUCAAGCUCUACCUUCUCGCUAUCAAAAGAGGACAAGGACACCAUCCAGUGCCUAAUAGAAUGGUGUGACUGCAAUCCGGCCAUCUUUCCGCUAACUAACUUCAUUCCUGUUACGGAAAUUAACCCAGACUGUUACUUCGACUUGGUCGGCCAGGUCCUUGGUGUUGCAUUACAUCGUACCCUGGACUGUGUGGUACUCUUUGUCACUGACGGUACCCAUCCGAAAUGUGACAUCCGAGAGGGCAUUGGCGAUGAGUACAACGUGGUAGAGCCUCCAGAUAACCACCGCUCGGCGAAGGACGGCGAUAUCAUCUCUGUCUUCCUUUACGGCGCUUACGCCGAAGUUGCGCGGCUUCUUGCAAGAAAGGGGAACUAUGUCAUCCUUCAUAACUUGCAUUCCCAGAUCCUGAAGCAAGGCGGGUCUGUUUGCAGUGUAGUGGACGUUGUGAGACCUUAUGUCGAAUUGUGCAUCCAUAGGGGCACCUGUUAUGGGCGUGGUCUUACUCUUCUGUCCGCUGAUUCGCCAGAAGUCAUAGGAAUUAAGAAACGACUAGGUGUCUAAUUUGACACGACUUUUCAACAAUUCAACAGUGUUCCUUUUUUCCUAUGGCUUUUAUCGCUGAAAGUUUUCUUUUGCUGUUUCUCCUUGUGUAAAUACUCCCUUUUUACUCUCUUUGAGUUCAAACGUCGUCUCCUGUACCUAACAAACAAUAAUGGCAACCCGUAAAAUUGUAACUUAAAACUAUUGAUGUAUGUUCCACGUAACAUGAAAGAGUAUUUUCUUGUAUUAGGUUUCGUCAAAUUUAACGACAUUAAGGGCAUUGAAAUUAUCCACUUUA